AUGGCCACACAGAUAUACCUCGCUCCUUGUUUAUUGGCCCCAUUCGCUUUUCUGACAUUGCCGAGGGAUACGAUCCUGCACGUUGUCUGUGCCAGUUUGGAUACCGACAGAUUAUCCCCCAUGCUAUGA